AUGAGUUCUCCUUCAAAAAAAGAUAGAAGACCUAUUUGUACAAUAAGAUCAUGCAUGAAAACUCCUGUAACACAGCCACUCUAUGUAUGCCACACUUGUAAAUUUAAACAAUACGAAACAAUUUGUAAAAAUUGCGCAGAAUUUUGCCAUGUAAAUCAUGACGUUGGGUUUAUUGGUAACAAAAUAGGCUAUUGCUGGUGCGGUUAUGGAUGUAGGAACUGCCAUUGCUUUUUGGAGCAUCCUGUUGAUGGAGACAUGUCUUUGCCUCCUGACUGUCCCAGACAAUGUCUAUUCAACCAAUAUGAUGGCAAUAAUGCCGAUAUGGAAGGUCAUCAAUGCGACCAAUGUGGAAUUUCUUUUAGAAGUUACUGUUGCACUCCUUGUUUCCAUAUGUGCCAUAAAGGACACUCAGGUUUAGAUCCAGAUGGAUCUAAUAGCCAUACUAGCCAACCUUGUUGUUGUGGUGAUCCUUCAGGAGAUUAUCCUUGCAAAAUAAAACCUCCAAAAGACGUUCCAGAACCAAUACCUUUGUGCACAUACGCAAUUUGUGAUGCUGAAUAUAUAAGCCAGAAAACAUACAUUUGCUUGACUUGCAAUCAGAAAGAUAACACUUGUGUUUGCGAGUUCUGUGCAAGAGUAUGUCAUGCUGGCCAUCAAUUAGUUGAAAUUAACUACAUUUCUUCGUAUUGCGAUUGUGGAGCGCAUUCUCCAGCAGCACACUGCCAUUGCAAGUUAAUGGACUUCGAGCCCGCUCAAUAG